AUGCUUGAUCGUCUCCACUCUUAUGGUAGAAACAAACUUUACUUCUUAAGACUUCGUCGAUUCUGUCAGUUUAUUUUAAAUCUCGGCAGGGAUGGAUUUUAUGACGGCUGGCUGGGAAAGGAAUCUUACUGCACUCUGAAUACAGCUGAGGAUUUUAGACUGCUAUAUUCCGAGAAAGCUCGCGUUAUUUGUGCUAUGUGGUACUUUUUGUCGAGGCACAAGUUUAAAGAGGCUGCUAGAUUACUAGCUCACUCAAUCCAUGCAUAUCCAAUGUCAUCGACCUGGAUAUGGCGGGUGGCAUUCCAUAUAUUCCAGUGUUUGAAAGAUGAUGUUGGGUUGAGAUCAUUUAGUAGGGUUUUGGAUGGGUUUCUUCUGAGUGAUGAAAAUAACCGUAUAUUAGAGUUUAUAUUAUAUGAGAUCAGCAAAGGAAACUUGAAUGCUGUACAGUUUUGUCGCACAAAUAUACAGCCUGUUCAACGAAAUAAAUAUGCAAGUCUUCAUACAGUUUUGACUAGAGAGCCAGAAUUUGCACAUGUUCAGCGAUUACAAAGACUCUAUGAAGGUUACAGCUUUUAUGGAAUGUGGCUUAAACAAAUUAACUCAUUAGUAUCAGCUAGUGAUCCCGAUGAUAUUCAUACGACAGCCGAUAAUUUAGCUGAGAAAGCUUACCAUCGAUUACAAGAAGUUGAAGCUCUCGUUUCUGAGGGUCAUUUGUGCGACACCUUUGUCAGAGCAUUUGUCGAAAUACUGCAAUAUUUUAAUGAAUGUACACGUGCACAUGCCUUACUACUUAGUUAUGCUCAAAAAGUACCUGAAAACCCAAACACCUUAAGAUAUCUAUGCGAAUGGCAUAAACGUCGACCUGUACCAAUUACUCAUUCAUCAGCAGUUUUGUCUCCAUCUCAUCCAAUAACCAAAAACUGUCAUGAUUCCUCAGCAUGUAGUUUAGAUCUAAGUGACGGUAAUACAACUGUUGAUGAAACUACACAAUCGCAUACCUCCCAUCAGAAGAAAUCGCCCAAAAGUUUGAAGAAUUCAAAAAUCUAUUUAGAAUAUCGUAUAUCAUUUAGCAGGCGUACAUUACCUGAACCAGCUCCGAACCUGCCUGAUAAUUAUGAAUCUAUGUCGAAAAAAGAAGUAAAAAGUUUAUUAAGGAGAAGUCAUAGCCAUUUACCAACUAUAAUUUCUUGUUUAAAACGUGGAAGAUUUUCUGAUGCAUUGGAUCUAUCAUUUUUACUGCUUGAUCACCCAUCUUGGGCUGUAUACCACGAACCUUGGCGCCUCUUACGGAAAAGUAUAUUAUGCGUCGGCAAAACAAAUUCCCAAGUUUCACGUGCAUGGAAUAUGCGAAAAUGGUAUUGGAAUAAAUUGCAACUUUCUUUACCUAAUUUACCUGUUAUUGCCAAGUCUAUGAAGUUAUUGUUGAAUAAACUCGAUUUGACCGAAUCGAAUCAAUGCGAUGAUGAGGAAUCAAAACUGAAUGAUCGCUUAAAUGUCGAAUUAACAAUUGUUACUAAUAUGAAACCAGUUAUUUUUCCAGAGUUUUCCGAAACAGACUUAUCUUGA